AUGGGUUUAAAAUGUACUAAUUAUUUUGAAAAUUAUAAAUAUUCAAGUCCAAAUAUUCAAAUUAUAACUUGUAAAGGAUGUUCUUCUCAUUUAUGUCUUUCAGAUUUAAUUGUAUCAGAUAAUUUUAAUGGUGGUUCAGGUCCUGCUUAUCUUGUUGAUAAUUUAAUUAAUAUUGAAUUUAAUUUUUUACUGGAAGAAACUCAAAUGAAGACUGGUUUAUAUAAAAUUAAUAAAAUUAAAUGUCAUCAAUGUAAGAAAAAUUUAGGAUGGUAUUAUAAAAAGGCUUAUAGUUAUACUGAACAAUAUAAAGAAGGGAAAUUUGUAAUUGAAAAAUCAUUUAUAAAUUUUAUAAAUUGUCAAAAUUUAUUGGAAUUGGCUUUACAAAAUAAAUAUAAAAGAAGAAAAAGUUCUAAUGCCAGUAAUGAAAGUACAAUUGAAAAUUUGAACCAAUUUGGUAAUAGUAUAAAAGAAAAUAGUUAUGGACAUGGUCAUGGUGGUGGAUCAUUAUUAAUUAUUAAAGAUCCAUUAUCUAAUUCAUUUGAUGAAGCUAAUUUAAUUAAUAAAAUUAGAAGUUCAACAACUAAUAAUAAUAUUGGAAAUGGAGGAGGAUCUAGCUCAAGGAAUAAUAAUAAUAAUAAUAAUAAUAAUAAUAAUAAUAGUAAUGCUCAUGCUCAUGCUCAUGCUCAUGCGCAAGUAUUUGAAGAUGAUGAUGAAGUAUUUGUUGAUGCAUAA